AGGCAAAUCUCGAGCAACGCAACAGCACGAACGGCUGCUUGCUCCUCCCUACUUCCUCUCUCUCCUGUCACGACCCUUUUUCUCUUUUCCGACCCCGUGCACGAUAAGAGUCCCUCGCAUCCUCCCAGACGAGCCUGCGACCCUCCCUGCCGUUGCAAAGCCAGCAUUUAGAGUAUUUGUUUACUGCGACUCUCCCGGCCAGCAGUAACCCCUCCAAGGAACCCCCCACCUCUUCGAAUCAAAACCACAUAAUCGCCUUGUUGAUCAAGCCGUCACCAAGAUGAGUGUCGUGGGUGUCGACUUCGGAACGCUCAACACCGUUAUCGCGGUCGCGAGAAAUCGCGGUGUUGAUGUCAUCACCAACGAGGUUUCCAACAGAGCUACUCCUUCCCUCGUAGGAUUCGGCCCCAAGUCCCGUUACCUCGGCGAGCCGGCGAAGACACAAGAGAUCUCCAACCUCAAGAACACUGUCGGCUGCUUGAAGCGCCUGGCGGGCCGCAGCCUCAAGGAUCCCGAUGUUCAGGUCGAGCAGCAAUAUGUGUCUGCUCCCCUCGUCGACAUCAACGGCCAGGUCGGCGCCGAGGUCUCGUACCUUGGCCAGAAGACAAAGUUCACGGCCACCCAGCUCACAGCCAUGUUCUUGAGCAAGAUCAAGCAGACGACAGCCAACGAGCUGAAGCUCCCUGUCAAGGACAUUGUCCUCAGCGUACCCGCCUGGUUCACCGACGUCCAGCGCCGGAGUCUCAUCGACGCCGCCGAGGUUGCUGGUCUCAACCUUCUGCGCUUGAUGAACGACACCACUGCCGCCGCUCUCGGCUGGGGUAUCACCAAGCUCGACCUCCCCAGUGCCGAUGAGGCGCCUCGCCGCGUGGUCUUCGUUGACGUUGGCCACAGCAACUUCACCUGCUCUGUUGUCGAAUUCAAGAAGGGUGAGCUGACCGUCAAGGCCACCACAUACGACCGUCACUUCGGUGGUCGUGACUUCAACCUUGCUCUGGUCAAGCACUUCCAGAAGGAGUUCAAGGCCAAGUACAAGAUUGACAUCGAGACCAACCCCAAGGCCAUGGUCCGUGUCGACGCUGCUGCCGAGAAGCUCAAGAAGAUCCUGUCUGCCAACUCGCAGGCUCCCCUGAACAUCGAGUCCCUCAUGAACGACAUCGAUGUCAAUGCCAUGGUCACCCGCGAGGAGUUCGAGGCCAUGAUUGAGCCCCUGCUCAACCGCGUUACUGCUCCCCUGGAGCAGGCCCUCGCCGACGCUAAGCUCACCAAGGAGGACAUUGAUGUUAUCGAGCUUGUUGGUGGGUGCACCCGUGUCCCUGCCAUCAAGGAGCGCAUCCAGGCUUUCUUCGGCAAGACCCUCUCCUUCACCCUCAACCAGGACGAGGCUGUCGCUCGUGGCUGCGCUUUCAGCUGCGCUAUCCUCUCGCCUGUCUUCAAGGUCCGCGACUUUGCUGUCCAGGACAUUGUCAACUACCCUAUCGAGUUUGCCUGGGAGAAGGAUGUGGAUAUUCCCGAUGAGGAUACCAGCCUCACUGUCUUCAACCGGGGCAAUGUUCUGCCCUCGACCAAGAUCUUGACGUUCUACCGCAAGCAGCCUUUCGAUCUUGAGGCGAAGUACGCGAAGCCCGAGGAUCUCCCCGGCAAGAUGUCCCCCUUCAUUGGCCGCUUCUCCGUUAAGGGCGUCAAGGCCGACCCUGAGACUGAGUUCAUGAUUUGCAAGCUCAAGGCGCGUGUUAACAUCCACGGCGUCCUGAAUGUCGAGUCUGGAUACUAUGUCGAGGACCAGGAAGUCGAGGAGGAGAUCAAGGAGGAGGGCGACAAGAAGGAUCCCGAUGCGAUGGAGACCGAUAAGAAGGACGACAAGCCCAAGACACGGAAGGUUAAGAAGCAGGUCCGCAAGGGCGACCUCCCCAUUGUUGCGGGCACGACAUCCUUGGACGCCAACACGAAGAAUGCGCUCGCCGAGAAGGAGUCCUCCAUGGUCAUGGAGGACAAGCUCGUUGCCGACACCGAGGAGAAGAAGAACGAGCUCGAGACAUACAUUUAUGAUAUGCGCAACAAGCUCGACGAGCAGUUCGCCGAUCUUGCCAGUGAUGACGAGAAGGAUGCUCUGCGGUCAAAACUCACAGAGACCGAGGACUGGCUGUACGAAGACGGCGAGGACGCCACCAAGGCCGUCUACAUCUCCAAGAUGGACGAGAUCCGGGCCAUGGCUGGUCCCAUCUCGCAAAGAUACUUCGACAAGGUCGAGGCUGAGCGCCAGGCCGUGCAGGCCAAGAUCGACGCCGAGAACGCGGCGAAGAAGGCCGACGAGGAGAGUCGCAAGGCUGCCGAGGGCAAGUCUGAGAACAAGGAUGAGGAGAUGACGGAUGCGGAGGCUAAGCCCGAGACUGAGGAGGCCUAAGCCUGGUGUGGAAGACUUGAUAGAACGAGAGCUUCAGAGAAAAAUACGAAGCGGGCGUGGAAACGGGCUUUUCGAGGACAAGAAAAGUUCUGCAAUAUAGAUCGGCGACGCGUUCUAGACAAAGCGCAGACCUGCUCGACAAUCACGGUUUGAAGAGCAUCGGCGGCCGAGACUUUACGAUGUGACGAAAGCAAAUGUAUGCUCGGAAAUUGGAAUCCAAAACGGUUACCGAGAGAAUGAUAGAUUCCAUGGUGCAGUCCUAUGCCCUAUUCGUUCCGAGUUCAUCUAUUAGUGAUCUAGAGAAUAUGAUACAGUUUCUGACAGCA